UCAGCUCACUUUAGUGGAUCAAGCGCACAGAUUACAGGAAUCUCCCGUCUGAUGGUUAUCAUCACCGAAUCUUAUCAGAUCUGAGGGGUUCACAGAUCUUCUUAAAGACAACUCGACUCAGCAGUAGCAUGAAGACGCUGGACAGAACCAAAGAGACAUCAUGAUGCUAAGACGCAGCGUCUGCACUCUGCUGGUAUGGUGCAGUGUGUUGUGGGUAGUCUCCUCCUCCUCCUCUAUGGUGAAAGCUCCUGCUCCUGCUUGUGACUCCAGGUUGACAUUCUCCUCAGACGUCUCCUCAUCAGCUGAAGGGAACGGGGACAUCCACAUCAGAUCCCUGUCGCCGUGGAGAUGGAGGUCACACACGGAGAAGAACCGGAUCCGCUCCACAAUCUUCGAAGCCGAGUGCAGCAGCAGCUCCUGCAUCAAUCCCAACUCGGGACAGAUGGACGGACACAACUUGAACUCAGUCCCCAUUUACCAGAACAUCCUGGUCCUGCACCGGCAGGGCAGAGGACGCUGCUACAACGCAUCCUUCCAGUCUGUGGCUGUGGGCUGCACCUGCGUCUGGGCCAAAACCUCCUAAAGCAACACAUAUUUAUACAAUAUACUCUGUAAUCAGGGACAUCGUUUGUAUUAACAUAAAUAUAAUAAAACUGUGAUCUAUCUUUCUAUCUGUUCUAUGAUCCUCAUUAUUACCAGAGGGGUCAAAUAACAAACUGCAAGAUCAUGCCUAAGUCAAAAAAUAAAUGGUUUCCAACCCAGAG